CCGCUACGCGCUACGUUGGUCGAUUUUUUUAGUUUGUUGUGGCCGCGUCCGUAGGUGAGUAUUUCGAUUCUUUCGCGUGUGCUUUAUAUAAACACUAGAGAAGAAAACGGCCGGCUGUGAAUAUCAAGUGGUGAUAAGACGCUGUUGAAUAUUCUCUAGUAAAAAUGAGUGCCGAAGAGGAAGUACUGAGAAUUCAGAAGAAGCUGAAUAAAAUGUCGAGCGGCGACGGGACGGUGAGUCUGCAGGGCAGGAGCAGGCCUUGGAACUCUUAAAGGUACUACAAAAGCUGCGAGUAAACUUGGAGCUAUUGACUAAAACAAGAAUAGGUAUGACCGUGAAUGCACUGAGAAAGUCGAGCAAGGACGACGAAGUUAUUGCCCUGUCAAAAACACUGAUCAAAAACUGGAAGAAGUUCUUAUCCGGACCCAACAAAGAUGGCAAGGAAUCAAGUUCAUCUAGCAGCUCCAAAAAAAAGGACGAAAAGGUGGACAAGGUGAAAGAAGAAGGGGAUCCGAAAAAGGAAAAACCAGAUAUCACUGAUAGCGGAGAUUCAAAGUCACGGGAAGAUAAAAGUGGUAGUAAGGAUUCACAGAGGAAGCAAGCAUCCUUUCCAGCGGCAACCACUACAGAUGCAGUAAGAUUAAAGUGUAGAGAAUUAUUGGCUGCUGCACUGCGGGUUGAUGGAGGCGCAAUCGAAGGGUGUGCUACCCCUGAGGAGCUUGCUGAAGAAUUGGAGGAGGCGAUCUAUGCUGAGUUCAGAAAUACUGAUAACAGAUACAAGAACCGAAUACGCAGUAGAGUUGCAAAUUUGAGGGAUGCAAAAAACCCGACUCUGAGAACGAAUUUCUUGGUGGGUGCAAUUACGCCCGGUCGUCUGGCUGUAAUGACAGCGGAAGAGAUGGCAAGUGACGAGAUAAAGCAGUUAAGAGAGCAAUUCAAGAAAGAGGCUAUAAAUGAUGCGCAGCUAGCUACUGUCCAGGGAACUAAGACAAGUCUGUUGAAGUGUGGAAAAUGCAAGAAACGGAAUUGCACCUACAACCAAGUUCAGACAAGAUCGGCUGAUGAACCUAUGACCACAUUUGUCCUCUGUAACGAAUGUGGAAACAGAUGGAAGUUCUGCUGAAAUAAUUCGGUACUGCAUCGCCACUUUUAUCUUUUUAACAAAUAUAUUUUCCAAGAAACUUUCAGCUUAUCAGAAUGUGGCAUGGUAGAAUUAUGGUUGCUGAAUAUCAGCAGCACUUGCCACUUGCGAAUAACUGGUUCUACAAUUCAUUUAUUCGUAAACGACAUUGAUUUCCUGGUCAUGCACAUUCCCUUAAAUCGAGGGCAAUGAUGCAAAGAAUUUGUCAAAUUUCCGCGUAUCCCCAACUAUUGUUUUGUGUUUGUCCUCACGCCACUGUUUCUUUUUGAAACUAAUCGUAAUCAUGUUUUUCGAUUUGUCGAGCAAUCACGAUAAUAUAUUGUUUGUGUGUAACAUAGCAGGCGAGUGCUGAAUCACAGAAAACGAGGAAACUAUGUUUUUUGAUUCGCUGUAAAUGUAUUUUGAAUUGCCAGGUCGUCAAUGUAUCUGUAUCAGCAUCUGUCAGCUUGAAAGAAAUAAAUUUCACGUCCUGGGUAUUGUACCGAUCGAUUAUGCAACAGUAAGUAAGAUACAAAAACUAUCUCUACUUCUAAGCAUCUCUAAAUAAGAAUAAUACUAUCUAAAUAAACCUGACUGAUCAACUAAAACGAUUUCUGGAUUUGUUCCCAUGAGAGCUUGACUCUCGGAAAUUUAGCACAGUUAUUAACGGUGCGAGUUCAUCCAUUUGAAAAUUUGAAAAUAAAUAAAUAUGUAGCACAGAAA